AUGAAUAAUAGUAAUAGUAAUAAUAAUAGUAAUAAUAAUAAUAAUAAUAAUAAUAGUAAUAAUAGUAAUAAUAAUAAUAACUUCUUUUCAGGUAAAGCAAAUGCUUUAUCAGGUUACCAAAAUAAAAUCUUAAAUAUCAAAAGUAAUAAUAAUAAUGCUCACCAUUUUGUAAAUAAAAAUGUUCCGACUUAUUCUCCCUCCAAUAUUAUUAUGGCAAAUAAGAAAGGCGGAAAUUUUAAUAACACAUCAGGAAAUAUAAUCAAUAGAUAUAAUGUAGAAAAUAAUAAUCAUCGGAUUUCUUAUCAUCCUAGUAACAAUAAUACUAGGAAUAGUGUUAAUUUUUUAAAUAAAAAUGUAUUAUAUGGUAAUAACAAUAAUAAUAAUAAUAUAAAUAUAACAAGCAUUAGUAAUAAUAAUAAUAAGGCACCCAUUUCGUCUAAUCAGCAUCCAUAUCAACAAAAACAAUCACAUCAUCUUAAUAAUAGUAUUAAUUAUAAUGAAUAUAUGGAUGAAAAAAAUAUGAAUACUUCUCAAAGUAUAUAUAAAAAUAUGACGAUACAAAGAAAUUCACAACAAUUUAAUACAUCCGAUUUUGUUAAUAAUAUAAAUAUUAUGAACGCAUCAAGUAUCAAUGAACAUAACAAUAUAUACAAAGGUAAUAGUUUAAAUAUUAUAAAUAAUGCACAUAUUAUAUCUAAUAAUAUGAAUAUACAAACGAACCGAAAUAGUAAUAUAUCUUUUCCAAAAAAUAUGAAUGCAAAUAUAGGAGGGUUAAAAAAUUCAAACCGUAAUUUAAAUAAGAUAGAAAUGAAUUACAACACAUUAAACAAUAAUAUGAAUAGUAUAAAUAAAAAUACAAAUAUUACUAAUGUUGGAAUAUUAAAUAUUCCAAUGAAAAAUAAUCCUAUGAAUCUUAAUAUUAAUCAAAACAAUUAUAAUACGGAUUUUUAUUUAAAUGAAAAUAAAGUAAAUUCGAAAAACAAAGAAAAUAAUAAUAACCAUAUAAAUAUUGAAAAAAUGAAUUAUAUUAAAUCAAAUGUAUAUCUAGAUAAUACAUUAGUUCAAGUAAAUUCAAAUAAUAAUUAUAAUAUGGAUAAGAAUAUUUUGAAUAAUAAUAAUAAUAAUAAUAAUAAUAAUACAUAUAUAAAUGAUAAAAAGAAUUCAACUGUAAAUAAUAAUAUGGAUAAUAAUUUCGUUCCUGGUGUUAUGUCUUCUAUCAAUAUACCAUAUGAUAUAAAAAAGAGAAAGAAAAAGGAAAGAAAAAAAAAUGAAAAUUUAUAUAAUAAUAUAAAUAAAAGUAGUAUUAAUACAGAAGAAGAACAUAAUAAUAAUAAUAAUAGUAAUAAUAUUAUAGAUGUUGCAAACCAAAAUAGUGAACUCUUUUUACAAAAUAACAAUCAAUAUGGUAAUAUUAUAAAUAUACAAAAUAAUAAUUUAAGUCAUGAUAUGAAUAAUUAUUCUAUUAACAAUUCUACAACAUCAGAUAUUAUAGGUAUUGUAGAAUUAUAUAAAAAUUCGUUAAGUAGUAAAGCAGUAAACAAGAAAAAGUCCAAAUUAAUUAAAGACGUUAUAGACGAUAAUAAAAAAAGAAAUAAAAAAGAAAAAAAAAAAAACAUUCAAAAUAAUGAAUCCAUAUUAAAUGAUAUGAAUAAAAAUAAAAAUGUUGAAUUAUUAAAUGAACCACAAAUAUUUGAUAAGAAAAAUUAUGAUAAAAAUUAUGAUAAAAAUAAUGAGAUACAUAAUAAUAUUUAUAAUAUUAAUAAUAAUAAUUUAAUUCAUAACAAAAAUAAUAUGAGUAACGACCAUACAAACAUUAAAGAAGCAAAUAAUAACAAUGAUAAAAGAUCUGAACAUUCAGAAAAAAAUAAAGACGUACGUAAUUAUUAUUAUGCUAAUAAUUAUCAAUGUAUAACGGAUGAAAAAAAUAAUAAGCAAUAUAUUUUAUGGAAUAAUAGAACUAUAGACGUAACAUUUGUAUGGUUAUUUAUAACUAAAGAGUUUAAUGAAAAUAGAAAGAAAUAUACAGCUUUUUUGCCUUAUCUAAAACAUUUCUAUCCAAAGAGAUUAAAGGAUUUAAUUGAGCAAUUAGAAAAAUAUUCACUUUUGAAAUUUAAUUAUAUUAUGAAUAGCUCCUACCACAUGCAGGAGGAAUAUAACAAGAAUAAAGAACCCAGCAACAUCGAUAAUAAUGAUAAUAAUAAUAAAAAUAAUAAUGAUAAUAAUAAUAAAAAUAAUGAUGAUAAUAAUAAUAAAAAUAAUGAUGGUAAUAAUAAUAAAAAUAAUGAUGGUAAUAAUAAUAAAAAUAAUGAUGGUAAUAAUAAUAAAAAUAAUGAUGGUAAUAAUAAUAAAAAUAAUGAUGGUAAUAAUAAUAAUAAUAAUAAUAUGAACUCUAACGAUAAAGAUGUUCCAAUUAAUGAUAUGUUACUUUCAGAUAAAUCUACAUUAAAUGCAAAUAAACAAAUAGAUAAUACUCUUAUUAAUAAUAUAAAUAGCGGUUUUAAUAAUAUUAUAAAAAACAUGAGUAUUGAUGAUAAUACUAUAAGAAGCAUUAUGAACAAUAUGGAAAAUAUUACAAAGGGGAAAAAGAAAGGAAGAAAAAAAAAACAAACAAUAGAAAAUAAUGGUGAUAACAUUAAAGAAGAUAUAAAGAGUGGUAAAAAGGACAAGAAAAAGGAUAAUAUUAAUGAUAAUAAUAAUAAUAAUAAUAAUAAUGAUAACAAUAAUAAUAAUAUUAACAAUAAUAAUAACAACAAUAAUGAUAAUCAUAACAAUAAUAAUAAUAAUAACAAUAAUGAUAAUAAAAAUAAUCAGGGUGAUUCAAAAAAUGAACAAGAAAAGAAAAAAAAAACUAGACAAUAUAGAAAGAAAAGUAAAAUAACAAACGAUGAUAAUAAUGAGAAGAUAAAUAAAGAUAAUAUAAAUUCCAACAAUCCAAAAAAUGAUUUAAAAAACAAUGAAAUUGUAUGUAGUGAAGAGAAAAAUAGGAAAGAGGAUAACAUUCCUAAUGAUACACAUUAUAAAGAAAAAAGAAGAAAUACUUUUAAUUUAUUUAACUUAGAUGAAGGUACUAUAAACAUGGAUCUAUUCAAUUUGUCGUUGUUAGAAAAUGAUGAUGCCUUAAAUAAAAAGGAAAAUGAUAUUGUAUCAAAAUCGAAUAUACCUUCCUCCUUUUCAUCACCCCCUAAAGAAACUAAUAAUAAAAAUGACAUAGGCAAAGAACAAAGUGACAAACAUAAUAAUGUUGAAGAGUUUCAGAAUUUAAGUAUGAACAAAGAAAAAUCAAAAGAUUUGUAUUUUAAUAAGAAUGAUAUCCAUAAUAAUGAUAAUAAAGAUAAAAUGAUAAAUGAAACAAACUCAGUAACAUUUAUGCAGAACCUAAAGGAAACGUUUUAUGAAAAGACAAAAGCAAUGUUUUCUAAUUUAUUACCCGAUACAAAAAAAAGUAAAGAUGACGAAUUAAAUAAUGAGGUAGAUCAAAAUUGUGUAAAAACAUCAAGUGGCAUAUUAAAUAAGGAAGAAGAUAAUAAAAAGGAAUACCAUGAAAAACAUUUUGAUGAUAACACAAAUGAACAAAAAAAAAAUGUGGACAAUGGGGAAAAUAACGAAAUGACUGCAGAACCAGGAAGAAAAAAGAGAAAAAAGGAUGUGCUAGAAAGGAAAAAAAAAAAUCUAAAUAAAGAAAUUAUAAAGAGUGAAAAACGAAUACGAAAAUAUAGGACUAAAAAAAUGUUAUUGAAGGAGGCUAUGGAAAAUGGUAUAUCCAACAAUAUUGUUGAAAAUAAUAUAACAGCUAAUAAUAAUAAAAAUAAUGAUAAUAAUAAAAAUAAUGAUAAUAAUAAAAAUAAUGAUAAUAAUAGAAAUAAUGAUAAUAAUAAAAAUAAUGAUAAUAAUAAAAAUAAUGAUAAUAAUAUUAAUAAUAAUAAUAAUAAUAAUAAUGAUGAUAUGUUUUCUAAUUCGUAUGAUAAUUCAUAUAUUAAGGAAAAUAAAUAUAAUAAGAAAUUGUGCUUCCCACAAAAUAAUUUAUUAAGUGAUUUCAGGAGCGAACCAAUAUUAAUACAACAAGAUAAAAGAAAAAUAAUAAAAAUAAAUACCAUAAAUAAAAUAAAAAGAAAAUAUAAGAAAUUCCGUUUCUGUAUAAAUAAAGUUUUUAAAAAAAAAAGUAUAAAUGAUAUUAUUGCAUUAAAUGAAAACAUACAUAAAAAUAGAGAUUUAUUAACUCUAUUUAAAAAGAAAGAUCUUACUAAUUUAAAGAAAAAAAAUUUCUCUUUUUUUAUGGAUACAUUAAAACUUGAAAAAAUUGAUAUGCUAAUAAUGAAGAGAAUACAAAUGUGUUUAGAAAAAAUCAAAAAUACUCUCCUUCUUACAUGUACAAUUAAUAAUGUUCAAGAAAUUGUGAACAUUUUGAAAAAGGCUUUUGAAAAGAGGUUAUAUUUAAUGUGGCCUCUAAUUGAAUUUUCUAAUAAAUAUAGACUAGAUCAGUAUUUUCAUUUACUUGGUAAAAAUAAAAAUCAUAUCAACUCGUCUUUUAAGGAUACAAAGCUUUUCGUUCAUCAGAAUAUAAGCUCAUUAAUCCUAUAUUUUAAUCAACGAUCUAUGGACGACAAAUGGGUCGAAUAUUUGAAAAGUCAAAUGAAACCAAAACGUCGGAGGAGGAAAACAAAAAUGAAGGAACAAUUUUUGGAAGACAAACCAAUAGAUUACUUGAAUAGUAUGAAUAGUCAGCAUUCGAACAAUUUUAUUGGUGAAAAUUUUAGCGAAAUGGAGACUGUGGAAUCUAAGGCCAACGAAUACGCAUUUGUUGGUUAUAAUCAAAAGAGGUUGUUAACCCAAAUAACACCAUAUGAUUAUAGAGUUGUUUUAAAUUCCAAUAUUUGUAAUAAAUUUUUUACCCCGAAUUGGAGAGAGCAACAAAGCAUUUUUAUAGACAAUCUUCAUUUCGAUAUGGUACCCGACACAGACGAAAUAAAAAAACACUUUGAAAAUGUGUACAUCAGAUAUAUGGAAUAUGAUGAGGAGAAAUUAAGAAGCAAAUCAGAGACUAAAUCGAAAGGGCACAAAAUAAAAGAUAAAAAAUAUAAAAUGUUAUUUAAAAAAAAAGAAGGAAAAGGUAAGCCUGGAAGGAAAAAAAAAAUAAAAUUGGAAAUUGAAAAUGUGUCUAACGAAAUAAAAAUUAAAAAACCAAGAAAAAAAUAUGAAAGAGUGAAACCAAGAAAAAGUAAAAAUGUUAUUAUGCAUGAAGAAAAAAGUGGAAAUUCUGAGAAGCAAAUAAAUAAUGUAUUAAAUGUUACAAAUAUUGAAAA